AUGGACUCUUACGACUCAACUGUAGUCGGUCGCUCCUUAAAGGGCAGCGGUGUAAUGCAACAGUAUGCAGAGGCAUUCCGGCGGACAUCCACCAGGGUCACGUUUGACCCGCGAGCUGCAGCCACGACAAUGCCACACGAGAACUCCACUGACCAAAAUAAUCUCUCCAUGGAUAGCUCUAACGCUUUGCUACUACCGGGUAGUUGGCAGUCUACCACAAAAUUCGAUCGCUUGCGCGAUCUCAGCUUACUCACAGAGAGAGAUGAGGCGGAGAUGUUUCCUCCACUCCGCCAGGAGAUCACGUUUACACUGCCCACCCCGCCAGCCACACAAGAGACAGAGCCUGAAUUGUGGCACCCAACAAACCCGUCUACCAUCGCUGCCAGAGGACUCCCAGCUGUGGAAACCUUCCUGGGGGGUGAUACCCUGCCAAGACAAUUGAUCUCUCGGUUGAACGCCAGCGACACACGCCUGCUUGCUGGAGAGACAGAGCAACUCACAGUUCCUUACGUGAGAGUAGAGGGAACAUCUGAAAGGUACAGCUACUUCCCAGCUUCUGAGGAAUUGCCUUUAUCAGGACUGUGGCACGAUCCUGCCCUUUUUAGUGACGCAGGAAAGGGUCAAACAGCCUUACAGUUUAAGCCGAAGGAACCACCGAAAGCUCCUGCGCAAAGCAGCAGAAUUUCGCUUCCGCCUGAUCCUUCGGGACUUCCAAUGACUCCUCCACGACCUCUGUCACUGUCCGAGCAGCAAGUUAGAACUGCACCAAGAGCAGCUAUGCAGUACGCUGCGGAGGAUAUCUCAGUAUAUCCGGGAGGCAUUCCAAUGGAAAAUGUAGUAGAUCUUCAGGAAAAGGCCCUUUUUAAGUCGUUCGAGCAGCUUUCCCAAGACUCCAUUGUUGAGAACCUCAUGCUGGACGCAGUGAGACCAGGGUUCAAACGAGGGGUGAUACAGCAGCUCCAGCAGCCCACCAACAAGCAGUGGAGGGAGCAGCGGCGGGCGGAAGCUAUCGCAGCAAAGAACGAAGAAAAGCCUGUAGACCCGGCUGGCCAACCUAAAAAAACGGAGGGGGCGGCAACAACGAGUGGCAAAAGGGUCACGUUUGAUUUGCCUAGCUCGUCCCCACAGGAGAAGAUCAGUGAAGCGAAAGAGUCCGAGAGCCGGCUAGAGCAGCUAACGGAACGCCUCCAGCAGAUCCGGUGUGCGCAUCAGACUCAAGAGACUCAAAAGAAAGCAAUUGUUAGCGGUGUAUCGCAGGGCCCACCAUCUGAUGCACCACCCAAGGGAACACACGAAUUUGUCGGUGACACUUUCGUGAACGAACUCAUAUCGCGAUGCUCUUUAAAGCUGAGGACUCUAAAUGGCGGCAUGAAGGUUUCUUCUGUCGAGCCCAAGCCUCGGAACUCGACUGUUGCGCCGAAAGAGAUGACUCGCCCUUCUCGCCUGCUUAAAGACAUCGAAGCAGUUGAGGUCCGCAGGAAGCAGAGGGAUGGGAACAAGCUCGGGGCACACGGAUUCCGAUCUCGACAGCAUCAGGAGGAUGCCACUCUUUAUUUGCCGCAGCCAACUGAAGAGUCAAUCUCUAUUAGGUGCUCAAAAGGUAUGCAGGGACUGCGGGCGCUUAGGGGAAGACCAAGGAUUCGCUCCCCCCCAUCAAUGCCAAAGGCAGAUCUUCUUUGUCUCUCAAAGUCCCUCCUACCUGCAUCUCAAGACGCUGAUGCAGGGUCUUUCAUAAGUGAAGAAGAAGCUGUUGAACGCAUGCAUGAUAACGCCCCUGAUUCGAUUGAUAGGCCGUCUUACGAGGUCUAUCACACCACGCCAACACCGCCAGAGGACCUUGUCGACGCGACCCCGAGUUUGGAGGAACUGUCACGAAACUUUGUGCCGACCACAGGGUACCCUCACGAUGCAAACAACAACACGAACUACCCAGCUGCUAUUCCUGCGUUUGUUUCCCGCUUGUCAAAAUCUCAAGACAGCCGAAUGUCCGUGCCGCCUGCCGCUGCAGUUCUGUAUGCCAUCCCCAAGGAGUCUGAGGCUUGUUCCAUAGUCGAGGCGAUGCCUACAGAUCCGCGUUCGGGGGCUUCACAAAUCACAGAAGCGGCGCUUGCAAAUAUGAGUGCUAAGGAAAUUAGAAACGUCGAAGAGCUUGUGGCUGGCGGCUUUGUUGCACUCCAGCGUCAGACACACAAGCUAGACUACAGGAACCCAUGGGAAGACGAGAAGCUGCAUCUCAAGAUGAUCGUAAAUGAACCGAUCCAUUCCAGAGACCCCCUAUUCACCGAACGACAAAACCAACUCUUGAACAAGUGGAAAUAUCCGGCAAAUGAGAUAUCACCCGGUUAUUACAUCAAAGAGGCAAGUCUGGAAGAUAUCCGCCAGGCGAUCCUCGCGAACAAGAAGCAGCGUUCCAUAUUUGACCUCCAGAAAGCGCUUAAGGAGGCGAAGGAGCGCGAAGAAGAGGAACUUCGAAAACGACGUGAAGCGGAGGAUGCAGAGAUUGCAAGGCGUCUGCGAGAAGGGCAUGGGAAGGAACUGGCUGAUACGGCAAGUCUGGAGCAGCCGAAGACCCAGACUGACGAGCCGUCUGCUCAACGGGCAGGGGCAUCUGAGAAAACACAAGGCCUUCCAGAAACUGGUGAGCAGGCACUGAGUGUUGAGCAGCUUAAGAAGACUUACCGGAAACUUCGGAAACGGGCGAAAGCAGAAGAUGUAGAGGAGAUGAAGCGCAUCAAAAAGCAAAUAGCGGAACUUACCGGACUCACGAAGAAGGUAGAUAAACAUUUGAAAAAGGAACGUCGGGAGGCACUGGCUCCCCCACCGGAGGCCGACUCGGCAAUCUGGAGAACAGACGAGCAGAUGGAAGACGAGAGACGGAAACAGCGGGUCAGGCAAAUGCUAAGUGCGCAACAAGGGGGGGCAGCUGGGUUGCUGGCAAAGGUCAUGGCAGGAAGAGGAGUCGAAGCCCAGUCUGAUGAUGAAGAGGAGAGUCCGGGAGAGGAGGACGAAGAGGAAGGGCUGGGAGAAGAGGAUCAAGGGGUAGAUGAAGAGGUGGAGAGCGAAAGUAGCGUCGACGAUACGAUUUCGUCAGGCUCAGUGAGUAGCUACGAGUCAACAGAGCAUCCUGUCUUUCAGCGAUCCGAAUACUCUGCCUUAGAGUAUCAGGCCGUACCCGAGUCGUUGCAAGAAUGGAUGAAACUCCCAGUGGACUACUGCGGCCGGAUGUUUUUUGAGACCCGCCACGAGUCUACGCUGCGUCCACGCAAAUUUGGGACGCGUUCAUUGCCAGCGAUGCGUAGUAGAGCGAGUGGGCCGCUGGAGCAAAUUCGGAUGUUUCUCAUGUUGGAAGCAAGAGGACCCGUAAUUUUGGUUUAUUGCACACCGGAACCUGCCCCUCAGAGGAGGAAAUUUAAUCUAUCUGCUCUUUGUGGUAAGACAAAAGCUCCUAAGACCUCGGAAGUGUCUCCUCAGCAGUGGAAAUACCUGUGUGCUUUCGUAUUGGAUAACACAGGAGAAGCUCAGGAUGUGGACAUGAUGGGCGGUGGUCCGGGAGUGCCAUACAAAGCCAUCAAAAUAAGCGCUCGCAUUGUUCAGGGAGCAGCAGCUCUUCCUUCGGAAGUAGACUCAGCAACCUUCACACGGGGGCAACUGGCUUUGCGUGAUAAAGCUUAUUUCAGUGGAUUUCUAAGUGCAGAUACGGACUCCGAAACUAAGGAGUGGUUAGAGAUCUUCAAUGGACGCAAGGCAUUCUUUCGCUAUAUUUCCGCAUGUAUGGAUGCCUCUAUGACACCCAGGCUUCCGAUUGUGGCUAGUCUUUGGAGUCCUGGUCCCAGGGAAAUCGUACUUCACGGUGUACCAUACAACAAGGAGGUAGACAAGGCUAUUUUUAGCUCUUUGAAUGUGCCCUAUUUGGACUCCUUAUGCUGCGGAUGGAGAGGCAUGGAUGCAGAGGGACUAGCAGCACUGUUACAGAACGUUUCAUGCAAGGUCAGGACGCUGGACCUGACGGCGAACAUGUUUGGCUCCACCGUGCUGAAAAGGCUGGGGAACUUCUGCAGUAGGCUAAGAGUUUCUCACCUUUGUCUGGCAGAGAACAACAUUGCUGGGGAUUUAGCCGCAGCACAAGGCAUUGCAAAUCUCAUGGCAGAUCCAGACCCUCCAUUUCUGGACUUGAGGCGCACAGCCAUUGUAGACGAGGACUGCAAAACCAUCGCCAGGGAGCUUGAGAACGUCAAACAGCCCGGCUUGGUGCCGAAGACGGUCAAUUUUGGAGAGAAUGACAUAUCGGUGGAGGGCUUGAAGGUUGUUGCUGCAGCCGUGGCCAAAACACUCCCACGCUUCAAGGUCCUGUGCCUGCCCGGCAUACCCGCACUGAACAGUGAAGCACUGCAAGACGUUCUUAAAGAAGUGCCACAGAUGCGGCAGGCGCAACUCUCCAGAGACAAUCCAAACUUUCCUUUCCGAUCACUGAACGAAAUGGAACUGCCAGAAAGGUGUCUAGCGCUGCCUGCCGUAUUCAGCGGGAGGCUGUUCGUCGAAGUCAAGAAUCCAGUCUUGGACUCUCCCCGGAAGAUUCCAACCACAGGUCUUUUUUUGGCAUUCUUCGAGGUGAGGGGCCCAGCUCUUCUCCGCUAUUCCACUCCGCCAAGGCCCAACUGCAUCACCACCGCGGCAAGCAAACGCUCACCGGGGAUACCUCUCGGAUCCCUUUCUCGUUCCUUCGGGGACGGACUUGAGGGCAUCUUCUUGACGUCAGUUUCGUUAUCAGCUUCGGGGCUUACUGUGACUGGGAAGAAGAUUCUUUCCAGCGACUUAGUUUCAACUGACAGUUCUGAGAGUUGGGUGCUCCAGGGAGAUUCUGAAGCUUACGUACAGGAAUGGUUCAGAGUGCUCAGAAUCAGGCAAGCAGGAGUAGCAUGCAGCAGCAUUGGAAGAAGUUCCAAUGAGGCACUCCACCCUGGCGUGGGCCAAUACUGCACCAGCUGCUUCAGACCAAGCCUAGAACUGGGAGGUCGCCGAUUGUCCUCCGGACAGUUUGCAAGCCUUUUUCUGGCCGUUUCGGAAGAUCAUCGUCUCAGAAGUGUGGAUAUGAGCAAUAUGGAAUUGGAUGUAGAAGCAUUGCGGCGCUUCCCCAAAAAUGCCUUCUGCAAAAGUGAACUCACUCUCCUCGAUUUGUCUUUCAACUCAGUCACGCCUCAAGGUGACAUGUCCAAUGUAGUGGCUUUCUGUGGCAGCGCACAGAGUUGCGCUAGUUUGGUUCUGGACGGAAACCCGCUCGGCAAUACUGAAGCAACCGCAGGUUUUGUCUUCAAGCUCCUGGAGUGCCGAAUUCAGAGUUUGAGCCUCAAUGCAUGUGGCCUUGGAGACACUUUUGCUGAAGCUCUGAGCAAAUACGUAACGGCUGAACCGAAGAGAUUCCCUUUUAUUACGGCUUUAGAGCUCCAAUCAAGUGCUAUAUCCUUGGACUGCAUGAAGAACUUGCUGGAUGCCUUGAUCAAUCGCUCUCCUGGACUAGUGAAGCUUAGCCUGUACGGCAACGGAUUUGAUAAUAUUGGUCCAUUAACUCGUCACGUAACGAUAGACUACACGAAGACGCACAGUGACAAUCCUCCUCGGCAGGCCCCUUUUUGCCGCCGGAUUGCCAAGAAACCGAAUACUGUAGUUCCGUGCAACCCAGGGCAGACCCAGCGUCCUGGCAAAUCAGUUUUAACAACUUCCCAACCUGUGACAGCAAUGGAUUCUUCCCUUUCUCAAGCUAGAGCCCCCACGGCGAACAGUCAAGCACAACCCUCUACACCAGAGCCUGGUGUUCAAGGCCCCGGAUAG